AUGACUAAAUCAUCAUGGGAUCCCGAAGCAUGGAGUGAACGUGAUGUCCGAACACAUGCCUAUCUGAUGAUGGCUGCGUGGGGAUUCUUUCUCCCUGUCGGGUUGAUUACACAAUCCCAUCUCAGAAGUCGGUUGAGUUGGGAACAAAGAAAGUUUGGGAACCAUUGUCACAUGUCUUCCAUGACGAUUGGUGUGAUCUUGGCGCUCGUAGGCUUUGGGUACGGGCAUCAUCAUUUGACGACUUUUUCGAGAGAUCCGAAAUACAUGUCGUCAUAUGUCAUGGCGCACGCUCUGAUUGGAACUAUUGCCACUAUAUUGAUGGCCAUUGAAGUUAUUUUGGUCGGAUUAUUGGUAGGGACCACUAAGUCUCAAGAGGAUCGCUAUGAAGAGUGGCCCAUGUGGCGCAAGGUCGGCCAUGCAUCGCAUCGUGAUUUGGGAUUCAUUUCCUUGAUAUUAGCAUUUGUUACGUUGGAAGCGGGGACACACAUCAGUAGCAUUACUGGGAGAGGUAUUGAGAAGACAGUGUCGACCAAAGACCAAGACUAA